AUGGGGUUGCAGGAAGAAGAGUGCAAACUAACAGCACGGAUGAGGAUAGGACAAGAGUUCCUGGCUCUGAGGCUUGUGAAUGGCAGUGACUGUGCUGGGCGGCUAGAAGUUUUCUACAAUGGGACAUGGGGGAGCAUUUGCUCCAAUUCCAUGUCUCAACUCACUGCAACAACUGUGUGCAAACACUUGAACUGUGGAGAUGGCGGGGAAAUCGCAAGAGACUUCAAAUAUGGCAGCGGUUCUGGGCCCACGUGGCUGGACCACAUUGAGUGCACUGAGCAACAUAGCUCUCUCUGGCAAUGUCAGUCAGACCCCUGGCAUCCUCAGUCAUGUGAUAACCGAGCAGAAGAGACCCAUAUUUCUUGCACGGACAGGGAGAAGCUACGAGUCAUAGGAGGAGAGGAUGGAUGUUCAGGCAGAGUGGAGAUUUGGCACCAAGGUUCUUGGGGAACAAUCUGUGAUGAUUCUUGGGACAUGGCAGAUGCUAAUGUCGUAUGCAGGCAGCUGGGUUGUGGAUCUGCUGUGUCUGCACUGAGUGAAGCUGCCUUCGGGGAAGGGACUGGUCCCAUCUGGUUGGAGAAGGUGCACUGUAAAGGAACAGAGCUGUCUCUUUGGUACUGUCCUGCCAAGCCCUUGUUCAGAAAAAACUGUGAUCAUAAGGAAGAUGCUGCUGUGGAUUGCUCCGGUGUGACAGAAACAACAUCAUCACCCACCAGAACAGACUCUCCCCACCACCCUGCAACAGACACUAUGAGAAUUUCAAUGCCUGUCAUCUUCUGCAUCAUCCUGGGGGCCCUCCUCUGCCUGGUUCUUGCCAUUCUUGCUGGACUGAUCCAAAGUGCCAGGGCACAGCAGAGAGGCUCCAGACUAUCGUAUGACCCCUUUACUGAGGCUGUCUAUGAAGAGGUUGACUAUAACCCGAUGAGGGAAAAUCAGGGAAUGACUGGUCUCUCAGAUUCUUAUUCAGAGAGUUCAAAAACAAAGGCACAGUUUUAUAGCAGAGACAGUGACGAAGAAAAUGGUCCUGGAGCAACUCAAGACAUCUCUCCACUGCCUAGAAAUACCCUGGAAGAUGGUUAUGAUGAUGUGACAGAAGCUCCUGGACCUAAAGAUGCAUCUUCUUUUGAGAAGAAUAAACAGGAAAUCAUUGGGAUCCCUGAAGAAAGUGACAGAAACACGGAUUCACUGAUAGAGUGGAGUCCUAAUGAGUCAGGAAACAGGACCUCCGAGGCUGAGAGAGAUUCAUCCCCAGAUCUUGGAGACAGAGGCUAUGAUGACAUUGAAAAGCUGGGACACCGAUAG